AUGAGCUCAUCACCUCUAUUUCGACAUUAUGCCACGACUACAGCACGAGCUCAAACACCAGCACAAGUGAUUCGAAUUCCAUCUUUACCUGUCAUUCUCAUCAGUACAGGGCUUGUUUGUUUAGGACUUGGACUUUAUGAAUACUAUACAUCCGAUAUUCAAAAAUUCCCAGCCGCUGUUCGACAAGCACUUCGUAAAGGGCUUUAUUACGAACAACACAGCAAGGAUGACAAGUUGGCACUCAAAUAUUUUAAAGAGGCACUUCAGUUAGCACUUGCAUCACCAGAACUCGAACGAAAUGGGGCACCCUUGACGGGAAUUAUGAUUCAACUGGGUAGUUUACAAGAACGGAUGGGUCAAUUAUCAGAAGCGAGACAGACGUUGAUCAUGGCGCUGAGACAUUUAGUAGGAACCGUGGAUCAACCCUUGUCCAUCACACAACCCCAAGCAUUCUUUAGUCGUCUAUCAUCAUUAGAACCCCUUGAACAAAAGAAGGUGAUUGGAAUAGCACAAAAGUUGGGUGAUAUUGCCCUUGCCAUGCAGCGAGAUGAAGAAGCAGAGUUAUGGUAUGUAGGGUCAGUAGAGCAUUUGUUGAAGAUAGCAUCAACAACAGGGACAAGUUAUGAAGAAGUAGAAGAUGAUAAUGAUGAUAGAUCAUCAAAGAAUAAUGGGAUGUUUGAUAAAGAGCAUAUGCCAGAUUGGUUAACCAGUACUGAUGUAGGUGCUGCCUUAGAGGCCCUGGGAGGGUUUUAUGCAUCAAGGAAUAAACCAAUAUUAGCGAUUCAUCUUUACUUGAAAGCAUUAUCAUUAAAUGAUAUAAAAUCAUGUCAAUCUGUUGUUUUAAUGAAUAAUUUGGCUGAAAGCUAUUCAAAUAUGGGACAAUAUGAAGAAGCUAAAAUGUGGGCACAAAAGGGAUUAGAUUUAGCGCAGAAUCCAAAUACAGGGAAAGUGAAUAAAGAUAAAGAACUUUGUGAUGAGACCUGUGGUAUUUUAUUGUUUAAUAUGGGCAUGUUGUUUGAGGUAAGAUAA